UUCAAUCUUCCCCCAAAAAGAUAUCUUAUCCUGGUGUCUCACCCCCGGGCAACGCACAAAAGUCUUGAUUUACGUGAGUUUUCCCCUCUCAAUUGGUGCUUUGGCCGCGGCAGCUGGGCUUGCGAGCUUGGAAUCGGUCGGAUUUGGUCCAAAGUUUGUGGCCUCUUGCUGCGGGGCUGCUGGUGGUGGUGCUGUGGGCCGCCGGGGCGAUGGGGGCCGGGGCUUCGAGUGUUAUGGGGCUGGAAGGGGAGGCGGGAGGCCAACAGACGGGGCUAGGCGACCUCCCGGAGAGCUGCGUCGCGGCGGUGAUCGUCCACCUCGACCCGCCGGAGAUCUGCCGGGCGGCGCGGCUCAGCCGGACGUUCUGGAGGGCGGCCUCGGCGGACUUGGUGUGGGAGACGAAGCUCCCGAGCAACUACCGGCGUCUGUUGGCAUUGGCCUCGGAUGAGAAGAACCCCCACAAAAAGAGCUGUCUGGAGAUAUAUGCCCGGUUGUGCCGGCCGAAUCGUUUCGAUGGGGGCACUAAGGAAUUUUGGCUGGAGAAGACCAGCGGUGGAAUUUGUAUGUUGAUUUCCUCAAAAGCCUUGUUGAUUACAGGGAUUGACGAUCGGAGAUACUGGAAUUACAUCCCUACAGAGGAGUCUAGUCUUUCACGUAGCAGUUUCUUGCUAGGGAAAGAAGAUGGCUUUCAAUAUGUAGUCUUGUUUGGAAUCCUGUAGACAUCAGUCCCUGCAAGCUCCUAAAUUGAAAUUCAGAUUCCACACAGUUGCAUACCUUCAGCAAACUUGGUGGUUCGAGGUGGAUGGGGAAAUUGAUUUCUGCUUCCCAGCUGGUUCCUACAGCCUAUUCUUCCGGCUCCAUUUAGGACGCACUACCAAGCGGCUUGGUCGUCGGAUCUGCAUCACUGAACACAUACAUGGGUGGGACAUAAAGCCGGUGAGGUUUCAACUUUCAACAUCGGAUGGCCAUCAUUUUCGAUCCAAGUGCUAUCUAGAGAAGCCUGGGACCUGGAUCCUUUGCCAUGCAGGCGAUUUUGUUGUAGAGAACUCUGACGUGUCCACCAACCUCAAGUUCUCAAUGAAACAAAUCGAUUGCACGCAUACCAAAGGUGGUCUUUGUGUCGACUCUGUCUUAAUAUAUCCCAAGGGGUUUAGAGGGGGAAACGUCUUCACCACUGACACCAUGACAUAGAUUGAAACAUCAUCAUACUGUGAUUUGCUCUCUUGUAUGCCUUCUGGAGUCUUGAGUGUGCAGAUAAUGUAUAUACUAGUUGCAUAUUUGAGUGGAAAGCAGGAGCUGUGUUGUCUUCAUGGACUGUCAGUAGUUUCUCAAAAUGUAGUCUUUGAGUUGGAAAUAUUCCAAUAGACUGUGGGAUGAAACUAGAAUCAAUGUGACUUUGGUGUGAAGAUGUGGAUCCUGUAAUUUGGCUUAAUUUUUAUGAUAAUUUUUUGAAAUCAA